AUGAAUUUGUUGAAAUGUGAACUGUGUUUCGGACUGACCGUAAUCUUCAUGCUCAACAAUGUUUGUGCAAUCAAGCAUAUCGAAGCCAACCCGGACGCGAAGAGACUGUACGACGAUUUGCUCAGCAACUACAAUAGGCUAAUCAGACCAGUCAUCAACCACACAGAGUCGCUCACAGUGUGGCUGAGCCUCAAAUUAUCUCAGCUGAUCGAGAUGAACCUCAAAAACCAAAUAAUGACCACCAAUUUAUGGGUAGUGCAAAAAUGGUACGAUUACAAGUUGAGAUGGGAUCCAGAAGAAUACGGAGGGGUAGAAAUGUUAUACGUCCCAUCGGAGCAUAUUUGGUUACCAGAUAUCGUUCUUUUCAACAAUGCAGACGGAAACUACGAGGUGACCUUGAUGACCAAGGCUACCCUUUCGUAUACGGGGGAGGUAAUAUGGAAGCCACCAUCCAUCUACAAAUCCUCGUGCGAAAUAAACGUCCAAUAUUUUCCGUUUGAUGAGCAGAGUUGCCUGAUGAAGUUCGGGUCUUGGACGUACAACGGUCUCCAGAUCGACUUGAAACAUAUGGAUCAAAUUUCUGGAAGCAAUAUAGUGAAAGUGGGAAUUGAUUUAUCAGAAUUCUACCUAUCUGUGGAAUGGGAUAUUCUGGCAGUACCAGCCACAAGAAACGAAGAGUACUAUCCUUGUUGUGCAGAACCGUAUUCAGACAUAACGUUCAAAAUAACCAUGCGUCGCAAAACCCUCUUCUACACAGUGAACCUGAUCAUCCCUUGCGUGGGCAUCACCUUCCUCACGGUGCUGGUGUUCUACCUACCCUCCGAUUCGGGGGAGAAAGUCACCCUGUGCGUCUCCAUCCUGCUGUCGCUCACCGUAUUCUUCCUGCUGCUGGCAGAAAUCAUCCCCCCCACUUCGCUAGCGGUACCCCUGCUGGGGAAGUACCUGUUGUUCACGAUGAUCCUGGUGACGUCAUCCAUCUGGGUGACCGUCUGUGUGCUCAAUGUUCAUUUCAGGUCUCCGUCUACGCAUAAAAUGUCUCCGACUUUCAGGAAGAUUUUUCUGCAUUUUAUGCCAAAACUAUUGAUCAUGAGGCGAACCACCUAUUCCUUACCCGAAUAUGAUGAUUCUCAACCCCCUAGGGGUUAUACUAGUGAUUUGGACAUGCAGUUGAACAUGGCAGAACCGUUUACUACUGAUUUCAAAAUCACAACUCGGGAACCUAGUUUUGUGCUGCAAAAUAUUGAACAGGAUGAUGGAAAAAUGAAGGCACAUUCUUCUAUGACUGGUUCAUCGAAUAUUACUCCGAGAGUUCUAUCUGCUAAUGUGUUAGCUGCUUUUCAAGGAGUCCGAUUUAUAGCUCAACAUAUCAGAGAUGCAGAUAAAGACAAUGAGAUUGUGGAGGACUGGAAAUUCGUGUCUAUGGUGCUCGACAGAUUUUUCCUGUGGGUUUUCACGAUAGCGUGUAUCGGAGGAACGUGUGGCAUUAUUUUUCAAGCACCUUCCCUGUACGAUACUAGAGUACCCGUUGAUCAAAUCCUCAGUUUGAUACCAAUGAACAAAAUUGCUCAACUGCCUGCUUCACACGUUCCCAUUUUUUAA